AUGGACACUGGAAACUGUCCGUGGGGCUGUCAACUCCCCCCCAUCUACACAGCGAUCUGCAGCAGUGAGCUGGAGAAGGUUCAAGAGAAAGGAGACUCUGGCAUGACCACAGGAGAGCGGAGAUACAGUACUAAACUCAAUGAUUUUCUGGAAUCUAAGGGAUGCUUUGCCAACAUAAUGUCCUCUGGCGGAAGUGUCAGCCCCUCAUCUUCUAUUGAAACAGAUAUAAGCGUCAGUGGGCCUUUCAGCCCCGGCAGAGGGUCUGCUCACCCAGACCCUGCUGCAGAUUUGGAUCUGAAAUCCUCCUCCUCACAUUCUGAUCACUCCUCUGAAACCUCACUGCCUGAAGCCCGAGAGGAUAAAUAUCCCCAGGAAUUCAGCCUGCUUAAGUUGCAGACAAAAGAUGGGCAGCGUCCUGAGUGGACAUUUUACCCAAGGCUUAGCAGCAACAUCCACACCUACCAUGUUGGAAAGCAGUGUUUCUUUAACGGGGUCUUCCUCGGCAACAGGAGGUCUCUAUCAGAGUGGACGAUGGACAAGUGCUUUGGGAGGAAGAAAUAUGCCUCACACUUUUCAUCUCCUCAGGUUAUUGAUCCCAGGAAUGGAAUCCCAAAGGUAACUCCAGGAGAUAAUUCAUAUAUGUAUCCGGAACAGAGUAAAGGCUUCCACAAAGUAGGAUCAACUCUCCCACCAGGGAAUUUUUCAAUAAUGCCUUAUGAAAAGAAAUUUGAUACAUUUAUUCCGCUUGAGCCUCUUCCACAAAUUCCCAACUUGCCUUUCUGGGUGAAGGAGAAGGCCAACAAGCUGAAGAACGAGAUAAGAGAAGUUGAAGAGCUUGACAGUUGGCAGCCAGCGGUCCCCUUGCUACAGAGUUUGCUACCUGUUGGUUCUUUGGACUUUCCAAGACAAUCUUGA